AUGGAAGACAACAUGAAUGUAAAAAAUGUAUAUGAAACUGUGGAAAAUACUUCCUGCCUAAGGGAUUUGUCAGAGAACAGUGAUGACCUAAUUAAUUUUACCAGUUUGGUCAGUGGCACUGCUGGAGAAGCAGAGAAACAAUGCAGUGGGCAGCUGCACCCCUGCCCUACAGAUGUAAUCACCUCCCACGCAGACAACCCUUGCCUUAACACAGAAGACUCUGUGGCUGGUCAGGCUCUGGCAGGUGUCCAGGUGUGGCAGGAGACUGGGCUGGGUACGGCUCUAGCCAGGAAUACCCUGCUCAGGGAGCAGGCAGGUACUCCUCUAGGAACUCACGACUGUUCUGUAAAAGGUGAUUCUGAGAAUUCUGGCACUGUUCUGGAGAGUUAUGCAGAGGAAGUUGCAAGUGUAAGUGAUGACUUUUCUGAUGAUGAUCUGGAGUAUUUUGAAUGUUCGGAUGUGCUGACAGUGCACGAAAAUGAAAUCUGGAAAAAGAAAUUACAAUUUUUAUUAGAAAGUGAUGAUGAAGAUGAUUUAAAACUGGGUAAGGAUUGUGAUGGGUGUGCUUACUUCCUCCGUGAGAUGCCUUGUCUGUCCCCAGUGUCAGAUAACACUGUGCCUAUGGAUACCACCAUUGGCUUCUGUGGUCAUCACUCAAAAUUUGAAGGAGUAAAUGUAAGGAGAGACCCCUCUGUGCACAGCCCGUCAGCUUCGCAGACAGAGAUGACUCUCACCGUGGGACACCACCGAGAUAAAAGCACCAGCCUGAAAGACAAAGAAAAGUGUAAAGUGCCUGUUGCAUCUGCAGCCGCUGAAAAUGAGGAUCCCAGGACCGAAGAAGAAAGCAAAGAAGAAAGCAAUGGAAGUGGCCACUCGGCUGCAGGCUUCUCAGCUGACAAAUCAAGGACCACAGAUAAUGUAUGUGCCACGGCGGACUCCUCUGCUGGUGGCAUAGGUGCUUCUUUGGCAAGUCAGGCUUCUGAGGCAAUGCCAGAAAGCAGGACGGACAAGGACUUGCAGGGUGAAAGCUCAUUGCUGCUAGAAGAGGGGGAGAGAAAUUUGCCAGAAGAAAGUGCAAGGCACGCUGUCUGUACCUUGGCGGAAAGUCUAAGAAGAAACCUUUUGAAGUUGUUAAACCCUAAAGAGCUUUGCAGAUACGUGAGUAACAUGGGACAAGCUUUUCAGGCUGCAGCAGAGGUUAGGGAAUCCAGCGCUGUGUUUCCCAGCCAGGAAGGUGGUGUUGCCCCACAAAUCCCCGAGGAGACACAAGGCUUGCAAACACAGGCUGGUUUGUGUCCUGCAGAAGAGGUGGAUAAAGACUGUCAGUGGGAAAGGAAAAGCACUUGGGGCCUGUCUGAGCAGAAUCAGAUGCCAAAUGAAAACGUCUCAUCCAGGAAUCAAGGUGCUAAUCUUAAGACAUUUGCCCAGAAUUGUGAGAGGCUAUGUGUGGAGCCCGAAAUAGAAAAGGAAGGUGUCUUCAGGACUCGUGAGAGUGCGGGAACCACCCAUCCAGCUUCAGAAAUGCUCUGUACUGGAAAGACAUUGCAAGCAAAAAAGGUGAAUUUACAGACUUGUUCUCACCACUAUGGUCCUUGUGAUAAGAGAGAAAGCUGUCACCAACAAGUCUUCUGUGAACAAAGAACUAAUACUGUUAGUAGUGACAACAAAUCUAAGAGCGAUGUUUCACCUUGUCCUUUGUGGGAUACAGACUUGGUCCCUGACAGACAGGAACGUUUAUGUGCUGUUCCCUCUUCUGCAGAGCUGUGUGAUGAGCCAAGGGAGGCAGAGCAAACAUAUAGUUUUGACUCACACAACAGCAGCAACACAGAUAUUCUCCUCAGUCUGUCAUGUGAUGAAUCUCCAUUUGGAGCUUAUUCCAAGUCAGUCCUGGAAUCUGGAGAACCUGGGUGCAAAGGAGAUGCUGAUGUAUCUGCAGUGCAUGACAAGCUGUGGAAACUUCUUAAUGAAGAUGACUCAGACUAUCAAAUCCCAUUUGAAAACCAGAGGAUCACAAGUUUAGAAGUGAGGCCGGCAGGUAUCACAGUCACAGAACUGAACCUUGCACAGGAGACCUGUUCUGGUCAUCUUUUGCCAGUAAACGUGGUAGAGGAGCAGGAACCCAUUACACAACCGGCUAGUAGACAACAAACAGAGAAGGAAGACUGCAAUGUUUCUAGUAUGCUACUUACAAGAGAUGAAACAUGUAGCAGAGCAUCUAUAGGAAACAUUUGUCUUGCACAAGUGGUGGAAACAGAUGGUGUAUGUCUAGAUUCUAGCACUGGAAAUAAAAUGGAAACACCAUCCAUUUGUGUCUCAGCAAAUGGUAUCAUGUUAAAUACAGGGGAGUGCUUGCAGCAGAAGCCAAAUCAAACGUUGACUGACAAUAAUGGCUCCAUUCAGAUGACUGUUGCUUGGGAAGGAAAGCUUACCACCAGUCGUUCUUCCCAAUUAUGUGAUGAGAUAAAAAGUGCUCAGAGUCAUAAUUUAGGAUGUGACACAGAAAACCCCCCUUAUGUGUCAGAUAAGUCCCAUGGGACAACUGGACAAUUAUUUCAUAGUGAGCACAACAUAUCCCUGAUAAAUGAGUCUGUAACUUCUAAAGAGGGUCAUUCUAGAGACUGUUACCCAGCAAGACAAGAACUGGCUUAUGUCCCUGAAGAGAAAAACAUUUUCCUCAGUGAAAAUACCAGUCAAUUUGCACAUGAAGAGCAUUUCUCUCAUAAUACCAUACGUAAAAACUAUGAAGAAGGUUUACAAGAAAAAGGAAAUCACUCAGACCUGACUGCACAAAAUGACACUAAUCCUGACAGUUGCCAUCUUUCAAAAAAUGAUGACUGUCAAGAUUUUCAAGUUGAUUCUACUGCACAGAAAUACAGUUCUGUGAUGCAACUGCCUCAUUUCAUUAAGACUCCUGAAACCAUAACAUACAAGAAUGCACCCCAGAAUACAGGCCAACUGACAGAAGUAGAGAACCAAGAACCGGCACUCCCUCCCUUUUCUGGGGAUCCAUUUUUAAGAGAAUUUUUUGUAGAAGGGCCCAGGUACAAACCAUGUACAACAGGAGAAGGGCAGAGAGAGAUUUGCAUAGGUGAUGAACAAAGGGCUGAGACUUCCUGUGAGUCAGGCGUUAGUCAUGUUUCAGAGAGUCAGACAGCAGUUUCCCUCCAUAACACCUCAGAACAACGUGUGUUUCCUGUUGAGGACACCUUCAGUCCUGACCGAGAGCUGCAGGCAGCUCCUUCA